AUGGCUCUCGCGCCGCUGCUGAUGCUCCUGGCUGCCGUGGCCGCCGCCGCCGCCCGGUCCGGCUCGCCCUCCUCCAAGUACGCGAUCGGCUUCCUGCCGGGGCUGCCCAAGCAGGCGGCCUUCGAGCAGUACACGGGCUACCUGAGCGUGGACGGCGACAAGCACCUGCACUACUGGUUCGUGGAGGCGGAGGAGGCGGACGCGGAGAAGCCGCUGGUGCUCUGGCUGAACGGGGGUCCCGGCUGCAGCUCCAUCGCCGGCCUUUUGACCGAGCACGGGCCCUUCAGGGUCCAGCCAGACGGAGCCACCUUGACGUAUAAUGAAUACAGCUGGAAUAAGCUCGCUCACAUCCUCUACCUGGAGUCCCCGGUUGGCGUCGGCUACUCCUACUCGGACACCCAAGAGUAUCGGACAAACGACACAGAGGUGGCCCGCGUCAACUACCUGGCCUUGAAGGAGUUCUUCCGCCUCUUUCCGGAGCACCUGCCCAAAGACCUUUACCUGUCCGGGGAAAGCUAUGGCGGGGUCUACAUCCCCACCUUGGCGCAGUGGGUCAUGCAGGACGCCAGCCUCAAGCUGAAGGGCCUCUCGGUGGGCAACGGGCUCUCCUGCUACGAGACCAACGACAACUCCCUGGUUUACUUCGCCUACUAUCACGGCCUGCUGGGCAAAAGGCUCUGGGACGACCUGCAGCGCUACUGCUGCUCCAAGGAGAAGUGCGACUUCCACAAAAGCACAAAUGUGAACUGCACGUCUGCGAUGGUCGAGGUGAUCCAGAUUGUGGACGAAUCGGGCCUCAACAUCUACAACCUCUAUGCCCCCUGCGCUGGGGGGGUGCCAGGAAAGUACAGUUACCUGGAGGAGACCAUCGUCACUCACGACCUGGGCAACAGGUUCAUCAGGCACCCGGCACGAAGCCUCUGGAGGCAGAAUCUGCUGAAGCUGCAGGGGGCCAAGCACGUGCGCCUGGACCCCCCCUGCAUGAACACCACGGGCCUCACCCGCUACCUGAACGACCCCCAAGUGCGCCUGGCCCUGCACGUUGAGGAGGGCGUCCCGGCCUGGGAGAUCUGCAGCUUUGAGGUCAGCCAUGGCUACAAGCGCCUCUACACCCAGAUGAACGACCAGUACCUGAAGCUGCUCAGCACGGGGAAAUACCGCAUCUUGCUGUACAAUGGUGACGUGGACAUGGCCUGCAACUUCCUGGGGGACGAGUGGUUCGUGGAGUCCCUGCAGCAGAAGGUGGAGGUGGCCCGGAGGCCCUGGAUCUUCACGGACGAGGACGGCCAGGACCAGAUUGGCGGCUUCAUGAAGGAGUUCACCAACAUCGCCUUCCUCACCGUCAAGGGCGCUGGCCACAUGGUGCCCACCGACCGGCCACGAGCGGCCUUCAACAUGUUCCAGCGGUUCCUCGCCCGGCAGCCCUUCUGAGCCCAGGAAGAGGGUCUUUCCUGGGGGGGUCUGGCCCCCUCCCUCUACGGCGUGGCUGCCAGGAGCGGCUCCUGACUGGCCCUUCGUGGAAGCCUGGAGGGAAUCGGGCCCUCUGGCACGGCCCCGUCUGCCCUCGCCCUUCUCUGCACAUUUGCACUGCCCUCAAGGAGGAAGCCAGUCCUCCCGCCCUCCUCCUGGGGGGGGAAG